AUGGAGCUGGAGCACGUGAGGACGGUGGAGCUACUCGCGGCGAAAGUCGCGAAUUGGGGACUUCCGCCAGAUGAUGACCGAGAGGAUGGUAAGGAUCGUGUUAUAUUCGUUCGAAGGAACAUGGAUCUUCAGUUUUAGGAUCAACUUUUAAAGUAUUAAAAAAAAACUAAGGAAAAGGAAGGGGCAAAUUUUGAGGGAAAUCUACUUUUCAAGUACCGAAAAGGUGUAGAAUGCAACUUUUAGCUCCUUUUUAAUCACUUUUUCAAGGAAAAAAAGCACCUUUUAUUCCCCCUUGAACUUUUUAUCCCCUUCUUUUCAUAAUAUUUUAUCUUUUUCAAAAAUGACCCUCCCUGACAAAGACGUUGGGCUUUCCCGUGGAUUAAAGAGCGAAAAAAACUAAAAGUUUCGAUUAACCACCCAAGAAAUACUUUAAAACACGUUGAUUCCAAUUAAAUCGGAAAAAAACUGCAUUUUUGGUUUCUAGUAGAGUUUUGAGUAAUGAGAUAAAUGCCACUCAAGUGAUCAGGAAAAAGACCCCUAGAGUGGUCACAAAACAUGGUAAGCAACACUCUAGAGAUCAUGGCAAAGACCCCUCAAGUGAACACGCCAUUUAAGGAAGCAUGAAAAAUGACCACUUAAGUGAUCACGAAAAAUUAUAGACAUCACUUAAGUGAGCUCUUAAAUGGGCCCUUUAGUGAACACAAAACAUGAUAAAAAGCUGAAAUUUCGAGUUUAUAAUUCCAGAAGCCGCUCCUGAUGACAACAAUCUGUUGGCCGGAACCCUUGCCGAGACUUUAUCUGAAGUGAAAAGUCGAGAAACGGAGCUCAUCGAGGCCCAACAUCCGCCCGAAGUUGGACAUUUUCUGUUUCAAAAAAAAAAAUUUGAAGAAAAAAGGGCAAAUAUUUCCGUUAAAAAAACGUGAUUUUCUAGUUUUUUUGGCUUUGGAGACCUGAAAAAAAGUCAUUUUUUUGAUAAUUUUCGAAGGAAAAAAAUGGUUUAAGAAGGUAAGCUACCAAAGAACUUUAAAAAAAUGGGAGAUUAUUAAUUAUUUAUUUUUUUGAGAGCCUUGAUUACCAUUUUUUUGAUAGUUUUUUUAAACACAAAUUUCUGAGUUUUCAUUAAAAAAAUCGAUUUUUUUAAAAGCAGAAUUUGAUGAAAAAAAUCUGUGAAAAUAAUUUUUUUGCUCCAUUUUUGAUAGGUAAUCAUGUUAAAAUUGAAAAAAAGUUUAAAAAAAUUAAUAUUUUUUUAGGUAGCGGCAUUGAGACUGAAUAUGCAACGGUUGAGAGUCCUUCGCGAGAGGGUCGACGCCUGCAAAGAGGUCUUGAAAAGAAAAUUUAAAAAAAUCAGCUCAAAAUCCCUCAAAAUUUAAGUAAAAUGAAGCUUUGUUGAUCCUUGGGGAGUAAUUUUUAUUUUUAUUUUAUGAUGGUUGCUAUAAGUGUUUUCCCUGUUUCAAGUUGAAUUUAUGGUUUUCGAGACAGUGUAAUAAUUAAUUGCUUUUUCUACUGGUUUUUUUAAGGUUUUUCUGCGCUCUUUUCAUUUUCAAUGAAUUGGUCGAAGUAAUUUCGGCGAUUUUCGAAAUCGGCGCGUUAUUCGAUUACUGGGGAAAAAUAGGAAUGGUGGAUAAUGGCCGCUGAAAGGCUCAAAAAGGCAGCAAAAAAGGCUGCAAAAUGGCCCCAAAAAGGCUGCAAAAAGGCCGCAAAAAGGCAGCAAAAAGGCAGCAAAAAGGCAGCGAAAAAGUUGCAAAAAGGCUCGAAAAAGGCUGCAAAAAGGCUGCAAAAAGGCCGCAAAAAGGCAGCAAAAAGGCUCAAAAAAGGCAGCGAAAAAGUUGCAAAAAGGCUCGAAAAGGCCGCAAAAAGGCCGCAAAAAGGUUGCAAAAAGGCUCGAAAAAGGCCUCAAAAAGAGUCGUUUCAUCGAGCCUUCCAUUUUUCUGGGAUUUCAAAGGCUCAAGAAAUGCUGGAAAAAGGGAGAGGCAGCAAAAUUGGUGCAAAAAAGCACAUGAAAUGGCGUAAAAAGGCAGCAGAAAGGAUCUUUUUUUGAGCCUUUUUUGACCCCUUCCGACUUUUCCUAUGUUAUUAAGCGAUUCGAAUCUUCUUUCCAGUUUCAAAAUAUGUUCAGAGGAUGGCGGAACUCCGGGGCGCCUACCAGUCGGUCAGCGGAAGGACCUCGUCGCUUCACGACGCCUGCGACCGGGCCUUGGCCGAACAAACGGCCCUCUCGACGGGAUCCCAUCUCAUCAAGACCAACUUGUAUUAUUUCAAACAGGCCGACGCCAUUAUGAAGGUUUGCUAAUGUCUUUUGUAGAGUUGGGAAGGAUUUUUGUGGUUUUAAGGGGUUUGAAUAUGUCCUUUAUUGAAUUGAGAAGAGUUUUUGUGGUUUUGAGGGGUUUGAAUAUGUCUUUUAUUGAGUUGGGAAGGAUUUUCGUGGUUUCGAGGGGUUUGAACAUGUCUUUUAUUGAAUUGAGAAGAGUUUUUGUGAUUUUAUGAAAACCUCUUAUCAAUUUAGGAACAUUUAGGCGAAGAUGAAGGCCUAAAACUGGGUUUUUUCGAGUUGAGUAAGGUUUUUGAUAGCAUAGGGACAAUAUAGAAAAAUAAAAAUAAUUAUACAAAAAAAGUUUUUUUCGGCUGGAUUCAUCUUUUAUCCAUUUUAGUAAGCUUUCUGAAAUUAGGGAAGAUUUUUGAAAUGUCCCUCAUCGAUUUGAAAAAGGAUUUUGUGAUUUUAAAAGCUGAAAAAUGGUUUUUAUAGAAAUGACAUGAGACUCUUCAAUUAUGAAAGUUUGGAGGAAUUUUUUAAGUAUUUCAAAAAGGAGGAAUUUUGGCGUGUAGUUGAGCUGUAACGCUUCAGAGUUUGCGAAAUACAAAAUUCCUGGAAAAUUGGUGUUUUUUUUAACUUUUCGAAAAGGUAAUAUUGGGGUUUUUUAUUUUUCAUAGAACCAGGAGUUCUUGAAGUACAUUUUGGACAAGUUUCAUCGAAUUUUCAAAGCUUGGAUGUUCGAAUUUCUUUUUUAAAGCUUCGGCAUAAGGGAGAAAAAACUUCAAAAAUUCAUUAGAUCCAAGAUAAUAAUGACUGGGAAAAUUUUUAGUAGCCACUAUAGGGUCUUGAAGUUUUAGUGGCCACUUUAGGGGUCAUAGGAUCAACAUAACUGGUCCAAUCUGUUUGUUUUAAAAUUUUCAGAGUUACUGGAUGAAAAACUACUGAAGUGGCCACUUAAUACAGAACCUCUAUAGUGACCACUCAAACGGAAAAUAGUGGCCACUAUAGGGAUGGUUCCAGUGGCCACUUUAGUGUUCUCUCCAAGUAGUCAUUGGCGAGCCUCUCUAGUGGCCACUAAAAAUUUUCUCAGUUUUUAGGGUUUUAGGAAAUUUUUAUACAGAAAUUGGCCCAAUAAUCACGAAUUUGACCAUUUUUCAAGCUCUGGAGAAUAUUCAUUCAAAAAUCUAGGCUGUAAAUUUUAUUCUGUUAAAGAAAAAUAUUUUUUUAGCUUCGCCUCUGACGAUUUUUUUCAGCAAAAAUAAGGGAAUGGAAAUGAUUUUUUUAAAAUGAUUUUAGUUGAUUUUUUUGCUUUAAAAAAAGGGGAAAUCAGCUUUUUGGUCUUGUAAAUUAAUUCUAAAAAUUUUCCCCAGACUUUUAUGUACUUUGUUUCAUUUUCAGAAGCUGUCGGUGGCGAAAUUGAUGGUAACUGGCCAAUCUUUCGCCGCCAUGUUGGCCUCAAUCGACGAAUGUCUUUCAUUCCUCCGCGCUCAUAAUGAAUAUCGCGAAUCGGCCACUUAUAUCGCCAAGUUUGAACAGUGCUUGAGCCGGUUUCAACCCCUAAACAGUUCAAAAUUAAAUAUAAGAUUUUUAGAGCCAUGACUUGGGUUCGAAUCAGCGUUUUUGGCGGACAUUGAAGCGUGUUUCAAUGACGUCAAAGAUCGACAGGCUCAGUUACAGGUAAUUUUUGGAGCUUCAGGUGUAAAAUUAGCUGAAAAGGGGUCUUUGGGAGGUCUUUUCUGCAUUUUUCAUAGGAAAAAAUUUUUUAAGAUGAUAAAAAGGUGUUGGAAAAAUGAAAAAGUGCAGAAAAAUAGGGAUAAGAAGUUCUUUCUUUUGAAAAAUUGAAAAAAGAGCUGAGAAGAAAUUUUUCCACUUUUUAGAAGGUUAAAACGCAGCUUCUGACCAAAAAAAAAAAAUCCAAAAAGGUUAUUUUUCACCAUUUUCCGCCCAAAAAAAGGAUCGUACCAAAAAGAACCCAUUUUUUACCCGAAAAAUUACCUUUUUAGCCCAAUUUUUUUGACUUUUUGACACUUUUUUCAACAAAAAAUAUUGAAAUUGAUUUUUUUCAAGUGUCAGGUAAAGUUCCAGAAGGUCUAAAUUUGUGAAGCUUACUUUUUUUCUGGAAAAAAAACGCUUCAAAAUAGGAAAAACUAUGAAAAUCCGUGUUCAAAAAUUAGGAAUUUUUUCAACUUUUUAUUUCGAAACUUGUAAUUGGCUUAUGGUAACUCAACUUUCCAGGUAGAUUACGAAAAAAUCGGUCGAAGUGGCGCCGACGAAGACACUUUCGCCCUGUUGUACGGCGUGUUCGCCUCACGUGCCGCCUCUGUCAAGUAAGCGAGUGAUGCUCCUUUGGCGCAGCGCCUGUGUCUUUGCCCGCCGCUCCCAGGGUCGCUGGUUCGGCCCCCGGGACAGAUUGAGUUGAUCUUUUCCCAUUGAAAUCGGUCAAAUUGCUGUCCCAAAAUUGUAGAGAGCUGUCUCAUUAUUGAUUAUGAUUCCAUAUUUGGAGUUUUGAUUGUAUCGAAAUGGCUCCCACAUUUUUUAUUUCAUUUUUUCCCUUCAGAGGCGCCAUCAGCGUCAUGGAACAACGGUUCUGGAAUGUUCCGGAGUUUGAAGAAAUGCUGGCCGAGUGCCAAUAUGCCUAUUUCGCGAAAAGACAACUUCUCCUCGCGCCGAUCCUCCAGUCGACUCUGGCCGCCCUUUCAACGUGAUUUUUUUGAAUUUUCACGUCGGAAUGAGUUUCCAUUGAACUUUUGUGUGGAGAAAUUGAGCAAAAAAAAAAAUUUUUGGUAGCUUUUUCGCUCCAUGGAUAGUUUUUUCGAAGACUUGAGCGCCAUAGUGGUCCCUAGAGGGGUUAGGGGGGAAAAAUCCACUGUAGAGUACAAAUAGGGCUCCCUGGUGGUCCCUAUAGGGGCUUAGGACUCGACUCUUGAACUUAAAGCUUAAGUGGUCCCUAUAGUCGCACCGAGCCUUUUCAACGUGAUUUUUUUGAAUCCAUUGAAUUUUUCUAUGGAGAGUAACAAGCCUUUAAAAAAAAUAGUUGCUUUUUCGCUCCAAGGAUAACUUUUCGAAAUUUUUGAGAGCCAAAGUGGUCCCUAGAGGGGUUAGGGAGAAAAAUCCGCUGUAGAGUACAAAAUAGGGCUCCGUAGAAGGGUCAAGUGGCCCCUUCAGGGGUUUCGGGUUGAAUUCCUAGAGCUUGAGUGGUCACUAUAGUGUUCUUUCAAUUUUUUUUCUGCUUACAAGAAGAACUAGCAUGCUCCCCUUAAGUGGUCAUUAAAUAAAAUCCCUAGAGAGGUCACUUUCGUGAACUUUAGUGCCCCCAAAUGGUCCCUUAAGGGGAGUAUACGGUAGCCACUCUAGGGACCACUCUGGCAUUCUCAAGUUAUUGGAUUUUAAGUAAAACUUAUACAACAAAAAAAAUCUCGUUUGCGAGCUCCAGUGACCCCUAAAGGGGAACCUACAAGGUUUCCAAGAUUGCCCCUUCAGGGACCACUCUAGCAUCCCAAGAUUGCCCCUCUAGGGACCACUCUGGCGUUCUCAAGUAUUUAGAUUUCAAGUUAAACUUAUACAACAAAAAAACCUCGUUUGCGAGCUUCAGUGGCCCCUAAAGGGGAACAUACAAGAGCCUGCAAGAUUGCCCCUCUAGGGACCACUCUGGCGUUUCUAAGAAGAGUUUCGCUCCCUGAGAUUUCAUUUCUCAGAACACACGCCGAGUCAACGUGUCGCCUGACCCGAGACGCCUGUACCUUCAUCCUCCGAACUUGCGACGAUGAAUACCGACUCUACCGUCAAUUCUUCAUCAACCGAGGCGCAAACCGGGACGAAGCUCCCGAAAGGUCCAAAAUCUCCCCCAUCCAACUGCAAAUCCUCCUGUUCAGUCCGACGACGCCGGCUCCUUCCGUGAUCAACCACAGCGUGAGCAAAAAUGCGGCCGACGUCCAUCCCUUCGAGGGAUUCACCGAAUCCCUCUGUCGACUUCUGUAUGACAUGCUCCGGCCGAGGAUCAUCCACAAUCCGUACUUGGAGACACUGGCGGAACUUUGUACCAUGCUCAAGGUGAAGGGAAGAAAAAAAAUGGAAGAAAAUGGCGAUUUUUCUUUGAAAAAAUAACAGAAUCUCAUGAAUUUUCAACUUUUUGUCUGUCUAGAAUGAUAAGUUAUUGCUCUAGCUACGCCCCCAAACCAAUCAGAGAGCUACACAUCCUCAAAGCUUUUUCAAAUGACGUCAUUGUACUUGGGUGACAAAAUAUGAAAAGUCUAAUCUUCAUUCUUUUUAUUUAUAACCAUUCUGCGAAAAUUUUUAGUGGCCACUAUAGGGUCUUGACGGUUUAGUGGCCACUAUAGUAGUCAACUUAGUGGCCACUUAUGGGUUACAAAUUAGUGACCACUAUAGAGGUCUAAGUGCUACUACAAGACCACUAAUAAUUUAGUGGCCACUUUAGGGGUCAAUGGGUCAACAUAACUGGUCCAAUCUGUUUUAAAAUUAUCAGAGUUACUGGAAGGAGUACUGGACAAAAAACUACUAAAGUUGCCACUAAAACGGAAAAUAGUGGCCACUAUAGAGGUGGGUUUAGUGGCCACUUUAGUGUUUUCUCCAAGUAGUCCUUGGCGAGCCUCUAUAGUAACCACUAAAAAAAUUUUUCUCGGUUUUUUUAGGAAAUUUUUUUAAACAGAAAUUGGUCCAAUAAUCCCGAAUUUGACCAUUUUUUUCAAGCUCUAAAAAAAUGAUAUUCAUCCAAAAAAAUCGAGGCUGUAAGUCGUCUUCUGUAUGAAAAAUAUCUUCAACAUGGAAAUUAACCUUUUUGACGAUUUUUUUCACGAGAGUAUUGGAAAGGAAAUGAAUUUUUAAAUGAUUCUAGUUGAUUUUUUUCUGCUAAAAAGAUGAUAUCAGCCUUUUUGGUUUUGAGAAUUAAUAUUACGGCCUUUUAAGGUUUUUUUAUAAACUUGUGUGAGGUAAAAAGCGUUGAAAAAAAGUCAAAAAAACUGAAAAAUGAAUCGAAAAAAAUAAAUUUUCAAAAAAAGAGACCGUUUUGAAAUUUUUUUCAGUAUUUUUAUAUGAGAGGGCUACAGAUUUUGAAAAAAAUAAAUUAUCUCCAGAAGGUUUUUUUUUUUGAUUUUUCGCGUUAUUUUUAGCUGUAUUUAUCGAUUUUAGGUUUAUAUGAUCUUUUUUCCAACGAAAAAAAGCUGGUUUUUUUCGAACUUCUUCGGUUUUUUUAAGCAGUAGAAACCUGCAGAUUCAUCAAAUUUUAAUUUUUUCUGAUUUUUUCUUAUUUUUUGAGUCAUUUUUAGCUGAUUUUAUCUUUUUUCCGACCAAAAAAGGUGUUUUUUCAAACUUCUUUGGUAUUAUAAGCAGUAGGAAGCUGCAGAUUUUGUCAAAUUUCAAAACAUCCUCCAAAAAGCUUUUUUGCGUCAUUUUCAGCUUUAUUUAUCGAUUUUAGGUUGAUAUGAUCGAAAAUCGAUGCUCCCUGGAAGUCGUGGCGACGAUGAUCGGCGAUUUCGACAUUUUAUUCAACCCCAGAGCCGGUUUUGUCGCGGUAAUGAGCGAACUUGUUGGCGAUAUCGCGGAAAGGAUCGUCUACAGGUCUUUUAGAUGAUCUUCCAGAAGGAAAUAGAGAGAUUUAGAGCCGGCCUCUACGCCCAGAACGAUAUCGCGGCCUACCGUCCAGCGCCCGGCGAUGUCGCCUACCCCCAAAUGCUCCAAAUGAUGCGACAAAUCGAUAACGAGCAGAAGCUCAAGGCUCAAAAUGAAGAGCCUGAAGAGCCCGGGAAAAUCCGAUUGGAAAGGAAAUCGUCGUCCUCCGUGGCGGCCAUCGACCAACACUGUCUGUGGUAUCCGACCGUCCGCAGGACCGUCAUGUGUCUUUCCAAGCUCUUCAGCUGUCUUGAUGUUUGUUUUGAUCUUACUGAGAAAAAAAAGGGAGAAAUAUAUCUUGAUUCAAGUCAUUUUUGUCAUUUUUUGAAGCCUUUUGAGGGUUUGAACGAGUUUCAGAGCUUCUGUUUGGACUUUUUUGAAGUUUUGGAAGCGUUUUAAGCCCUUCAGUUGUCUCGAUGUUCGUUAUGGCAAUUCUGAAGAAAGAAACAGCAAAAAAAUAUCUUGAUUCAUGUCAUUUUUCCGACGGGUUUCAGUCUUUGAACGAGUUUCAGAGCACCUUUUUAGACGUUUUUGAAGUUUUGAGAGCGUUUUCGAAGCUUGAAAAAGAGAAUUUCCAAGCUCUUCAGUUGUUUCGAUGUUCGUUGUGUUACUUAUGAAAAAAAAAAUAGGCGAAAAAGACUUAUAUAACGACAUUUUCGUCACUUUUCAGACGGGUUUCAGUCUUUGAAAGAUUUUCUGAGCUCAUUUUUAGACGUUUUGAAGUUUUGAAAGCGUUUUGAAGCUUAAAAGCGAAAAUUUGCAAGCUCUUCAGUUGUCUUGAUGUUCGUUUUGUCAUUUGUAAGAAGAAAAAAGGGAGAAAAGUACUUAUUUCAAGACAUUUUUGUCAUUUUUCCGACGGGUUUCAGUCUUUGAACGAGUUUCAGAACGUUUUGGAGUUUCGAGAGUGUUUUGAAGCUCGAAAAGGUGGAUUUCCAAGCUCUUCAGUUGUAUCGAUGUUCGUUUUGAUACUACUAAGAAGAAAAAGGGAGAAAAAUAUCUUGAUUCAAGUCAUUUUUGUCAUUUUUUGAAGCCUUUUGAGGGUUUGGAAAGAGGUCAGAGCUACUUUUUAGACGUUUUCGAAGUUUUAAAAGCUAGAAAAAUACCUAUUUCACGUCAUUAUUGUCAUUUUUGUCUUUUUUUGUAGCAUUCUGAGGGUUUUCCUCUUUCGUAGCUUUUUGAACGAUUGCAAGAAGGUUAGAGCUACUAUUUUGGACUUUUUUGAGGGUUUGAAAGCGUUUUAAGCUCGAAAAGUGGAUUUCCAAGCUCUUCAGCUGUCUUGAUGUUCGUUUUGUCAAUUCUAAAGAAAGAAAUUGCAAAAAAAUAUCUUGACUCAUGUCAUUUUUGUCACUUUUUCGAAGCUUUUCAGGUUUUGAACGAGUUUUUAAGCUCAUUUUCAGACGUUUAUGAAGUUUUGGAAGCGAGAAAAAUACCUAUUUCAAUUUUUAUUUCAUUUUUGUCAUUUUUUUGUAGCCUUUUGAGAAUGUUCCUUUUUUGAAGCCUUUUGAUGCUUAAAAGCGAAAAUUUGCAAGCUUUUCUGUUUUCUUGAUGUUCGUUUUGUUACUACGACACAGAGAAAAAGGCGAAAAAUACCUUUUUACGUGAUUUUUGGAGCUUUUUUAGAACUUGGAAGAUUUAGAGCUUUUUUUGGACUUUUAUGAAGUUUUGAAAGCGUUUCAGAGCUUUUGGAAGGGUCUUUAGAAGUCAAAUUCAUGUAAUAUGGACCCUUUUGGUACUUAGGAACGUCAGAGUGGUCCCUAGAAGGUCAACCUUGGGGAUAUUCGGAUUUUUCUCUCAAGGGACCACUUAACCUCCUCCUAAAGGGGCAAUAAAGCUUGCUGAAGUGGCCUCUAUGGGGGACAUGUUAGUUUAUAACUUUUAUGAAUUCUAUGAGAAGGGACCAAUUUAGUAGCGACAUCACUUUAGGGAUCCCCGCGUCCGCUUUCGGAUUAUCAUGUUCUUUUUAGCUGUCAAAUAAAACGAAAAACAAAAAUAUUACUAUAGGGACCACUUGAGCUUAAAGCGGUUAUGGCGUGAGACCCUAAACCACUAUAGGGAUCACUUGAAAUCUACUCAUAUAAGGAGCACUUUUUUCCCCUUCCAUAGCUGUUUUCACCCCUCUAGGGAACACUCUGGCUUUCCUGAGUUGUAGAAAUUUUGUCCCACUAGAUUUGUGCCAAAUAUUUUUCUAAGAAGCGACUUUUCUUGAUCUUAUCCCAGCUAGAAGCCGUUUUCAGGUCGGCGUGUUCCAUUCCCUGGCCCGGGACAUGCUCCUGGCCUGCUGCGAAUCCCUGGAAAUCGCCGCCCAGGCUAUCUCGGCCCAGCCAGCCGUCGUCAAAGGCGGAAGGUCGAAACAGCUCGACGCCGAGCUGUUCGUCGUCAAACAUCUUCUGAUUCUCAGGGAGCAGACGUCUCCAUACAGACAUGCUUCCAGGUAAAUGAGGGAUCUCCAUAGAACUUUUUUUCCGACGAACGUAAAAAAACGUAAAAAAAAAAUCCUAGCAAUAAACUGACCGUACAGCCCGUUUUCUAAGAAAAAGUUCCAUUUCAGGAUCGUUCUAACGUUUCUGGGAAAAUUCUCAGUGGCCACUUUAGGGUUUUGAUGUUUAGUAGUCAAAUUACUUGAGGGGUUAAAGUUUAGUGGCCACUUUAGUAACCUAGUCCUUGGGAAACCCCUAUAGUGGCCCCUAUAGUAGUCAAAUUAUUGGCCACUUGAGCGUUAGUGGCCACUUAAAUGACCUCUUCAAGCAGUCCUUGGGGAACCUCUAUAGUGGCCCCUAUAGUAGUCAAAUUAGUGGCCACUUAAGCGUUAGUGGCCACUUUAGUGACCUCUUCAAGCAGUCCCUGGGGAACUCCUAUAGUGGCCACUAAAUUUUUAAAGCAUACGAUGUUUUUUUGAAAGUGCGUCAUAAUUAUUGAAACGCACAUUUUUCAAAAGAUAUUUUCUUGGGGGUUUCUUUCGAAAAUCACUUUUUUCUUUUUUUGUCGAUUUUUUGAGCAAAUAUGACGUAUUUGAACCGAAAAAAUCCCUUACAAUCAUUUUUUCUCCAGAUCCGACUCUUCCCUGCCAACCAAGGACUUCUCCAUCGAUUUUUCCAAAUUCACCAACAUUCUCUUUGAUCAGAAAGCCAGAUGGUUUGAGCUCAGCUCGAAUAAUUCCCUUCUGGAGCUUUUGACGACGGUAAAAUAAUAUUUUCUAGGAAAUUUCUAUGGAAAAGAUGAGAUUUAAGGUUCCAAUCGAAGUCAAGGAAAACGAGGGCGACAGCCGUCGUGUCAUCGACAUCCAACUCCGGGCGGCCUGCUUCAAACUGACGAACACGGCGUCGAAAAUGAUGGUCGGAAGGCUGGCGGCGUGGAUCGAUUCCGCGGAGGACGAGGUGAUUUUUUUGAAGGAUCCUGACUAUUUUAGGCGAUUUUUAAGGGUUUUUUGAAGUCAGAAAUGCAUAGGACACAAUAAUUUCUGAAGAUAAACCAAGUUUCAGAGGGAUUUUAGGGUAAUUUUAACGUUAUUAAAAGCUUUGUCAAGUGACCCCUAAGCUUCUUGGUCAAACUGAGAUUUUAAAUUUUGAGCAUUUUGCGCAGUUUUUAUGGUUUUUAGAGGGGAUUUUGAGCAUUUUUGGAAAGUUUUUAGAGUUUUUGACGGUUUUUGAAGUCUUUGAUGUUUUUUGAUGGUUUCUUAAAGAAUUUGAAGCGUUAAAAAAAUUUUUUUAGGGUUUACAAGGGUUUCAUAGUCUUUAUUGGGUUGAAAGAUUUAUGAAAAGCUUCAUAAAAAUCUGAAAAUUAAAUAAAUUUCAUUUUUCCUUUUUUUUCAAUUUUGUGAGGUUGAAAGAGAUUUGGGAGCUUAAUGGGUCAUCGAAGGGUUUUUUAUGGUUUAAAUAAUUCAGAGGGGUUCUAUUCGAGUACAUAGGAACGCCAGAGUGGUCCCUAGAGGGGCAACUUUAGAGUUUCUUGAAGAUUAAAACCCUGAAUAACCUUUUAAGGAGCACUGUUUUGUCACAUUUAGAGAUUUUUGUGUCCCUAAUUCCUAUAGGGUCCACUCUGAAUUUCCUAAGUGUUCCAAUAAAUUUCACCACUCCUGAGGAAAAAUUCGAGACUAGAUUUUAAGGUUUUUCCAACUGAUUGAACUAUUUUAUGAAUUAAAAGAUUUUAUGGGCUUUUUUGAGAUUUUUGGAUGUACCUUGAUGUUAAAUCAAAGCAUUACAAUUGAGUUAUCUAUAUAAAAAUCAAAGAAAAAAAUAGUUUAAAAAAAUUUUUCUUUGAUAGUUUUUUUAUUGGAUUUUUGAGCUUUUUUUCUGAAAAAUUUGAACUUUCUGAAGUUCCAGGCUUCAAGGAUCUUCAUCUGGUACAAUAAGGAGCGUUCUGAAGAAUUUUCAGAAAGUCGGAAAUUUUCAAUUCAAAAUUACCUUCCUUGAGAAAACUUUUUAAUACUUCAAAGCAGCCCCCACAGACCAUCUUCUUCAGGAAUUUAAAAAUUUUCGAACUUUUUCCAGAAGCUAAAGUCCGACUUUGACCUGUCCAAGCAGCCCCAACUCGCGGCGGCCCAACUCCGCGACAUCGCCGCCGAAUCAUACAAACUCGUUGGGUCCAGGUUCCCCGAAGUUUGUCCUUCCCUUCUCAAGAGUAUAAUAAUUGACGCGAUCUGGAAACUUGAUAGCAACCUCGCGGUUGCAUAGGUUAUUCGGCCGGGUUUCGGGUUACGUCCGCGUAUUUUUAGGUGAACUUUAAGUUUGGCUGGACUUUGAGCCUUGAAAAAUAGAAAUGAAGUUCAAAAGUUGAAAUUUUUGUCUUCUUUAUGACGUCAAUUGAGAAAGAAAAUCAGCCAUGACGUCAUAGAGAAGAAUAAGAAUGACGUCAUUAAAAAUUAGGGCAUUUGAAAUAAAGAGAUAAUUCAAGUUUUUUUACGGAAGAAUCGGGAAAUAAUACAUAUUUUGUAAAGAAAAAAAGUCGGUUCAGAAGUUUUCUUUUUGUUAUUUUUUUAUGACGUCACUAGGGAAAAAAAUCAGCGAUGACGUCAUAGAGAACUAUAAAAAUCACGUCAUUGAAUUUAAAAAACGUCGAAGAAUCGAGAAAUAAAAAUAUUUUUUUUGAGAAAAAAGGUUUAGGACUUUUGUUCUUUUAAUUUUUAUGACGUCACUAGGGGAAAAUGAGCGAUGACGUCAUAAAAAAAAAGCUUGUGAGCUUUUGAAAUCGAGAAGAAGUUCAGAGUUUUAGUCAAGAAUCGAGAAUUAAUGUAUAUUUUGUUGAGGAAAAAUGUCGGUUCAGAACUUUCUUUGUUAUUUUUAUGACGUCACUAAGGAAAAAUGAGCGACGACGUCAUAGAGCAAAAUAAAAACUACGUCAUUAAUUUUAAAGGUUGUGAGCUUUUGAAAUUGAGAGGAAAUUCAAGCUUUAUGAAACAAUUGAAGAAUAAUAUGUAUUUUGUUGAGAUAAAAGUCGGUUGAGGAUCUUCUUUGUUAAUUAUGACGUCAUUGAGAGUGAAAAAUGACAUCAUUUAGCGGCGAUAUGAUGUGACGUCAUUGAGAAAAAAACAUUAAAAAAAUAAUGAAACUUUGUUCAAAAAAAGGAAAGUGAACGUUAUGACGUCAUUGGAGGGGGAAGAUUAAGAUUUUAAUGACGUCAUAUUUCAGUUUCAGUGACAUCAUCUUCACUUUUUUUUCCGGAAGAAAUAUCGAAAUUUUUUUGCUUGAAAUCCUUCAAGCAAAAAAAGCACUUUUACGUUAAAAAAAGAAAAAUUUAGGUUUUUGAAAUUCAAAAAGUUUCAAAAAUAGAGAAAGUUCCAGUUUCAAUCAUAGCCUAAAUGUCAAUAAAAAGUUGAAGUCCUAAUCGCAUUUUUUUGAUCAAUGAUAAAAUUUCCGAAAGUCGAUUAUGAAGUUAUUUAUAGGACUUUAUGAUUUUCGUCCCUUUCUGCUUUGAAAUUCAGCAUCUCGAGCUUUAUGGGGAUUUUCGCCACCCUCGCCAUUUUUCUCCCGCAUUUAUUAAUUGACCUUUUUUGGCUUCUCCUCUCUAUUAUUUAUGAACCUUGGCGGAGGUUUUGGCUAAGGGCAGAAUAUUCUUGGAGAUUUUAUUGUCUUUAGAAUCGAUUUUAAGUAGUUUCAGUACACUUUUUCGAUUGGGGAAUGGUUGGAAAAAAAAUUUUUUUUUUUUUGAAGGAAGCUUUUGGAAAGGCUGUUAAAGAAAAUCGAAAAAUCUAGAAAUUCCUGGCCUCCUUGAUGGAUGAAACUGAAGGAAAUAGGAUUUUUUUAAAAAUUUCAUGUUGAAAUAUCGAGUUUCUAGACAUUUUUUUGAACAUAUCCGCUCCGUGUAUCUCAUUUCAACAUGAAAUUGAGAAAAUAAAAGUCUUUCUGAUUUCUCUGCACUCUCCCAUGUUCACUUGCUCUUUUUCUGACCCUAUGACCUAGCCGACGAGAGAAAAAAGAGCGCAGACAGGUCGGAGUUCAUCAAGCUCAAAAAUGAAUGAUAUAAAUAACUUUGCUGUUUCAGAUCCGCGAGGCCUACUCGCUGUACAUCGGCGUCGCCGAGACGGAGACGAUCCUGCUGUCACCGGUGCGGAAGCGCGUCAUCGACGUCUUCAGUCGCGUGAACUCGUUCGCCGCCAAGGCCUACGACGACGAUUCCAAGGCCGUCGCCGCCCUGGCCUCCGUCCAGCAGCUACUCCUGUUGCUUAAUAAGCAAUAA